AAUGUCUUUCUACAUUAAAUUUUUUCUAUUUUACCCAUCUAGGCGGUAUGGAACGCGGUGCUCGCGUUGCGGCAGACACAUUCACGCCACAGACUGGGUAAGACGAGCGAAGGGUAACGUCUACCAUUUGGCGUGCUUCGCCUGCUAUUCCUGCAAGAGACAACUUUACGGGGAAGAGUUUGCUCUGGUGGAGGAGAAGGUGCUCUGCCGCGUACAUUACGACUGUAUGCUGGAUAACCUAAAGAGAGCGGUGGAAAACGGGAAUCGGGUUAGUGUGGAAGGGGCUUUGUUGACGGAGCAGGAUAUUAAUCAACCGAAACCAGCGAAGAGGGCUCGGACAAGUUUCACUGCCGACCAGCUCCAAGUUAUGCAAGCACAAUUUGCUCAAGACAACAAUCCUGACGCACAAACACUACAGAAGUUGUCGGAAAGGACAGGUCUAAGCAGGCGUGUAAUACAGGUCUGGUUCCAGAAUUGUAGAGCUCGUCACAAGAAGCACGUCAGUCCGACCCAUUCCUCAACUGCACCAGUUACAGCCAUUCAGUCCUCAAGGCUUUCUCCACCAAUGAUGGAUGAAAUGACCUACUCUGCUUACGUACCUCAAGAUGGGCCCAUGCUGACUGCCCUGCACAGUUACAUGGAUGCUCACUCUCCGACUCCUAUUGGUCUUCAGUCACUCCUGCCUCACUCUAUGGCACAGCUACCUAUAAGUCACGCAUAAUCUUCACUUCUGUUUCUAUGUUUUUUUUCCAAGAAUGUAAAUGUUUGGGUAAAAAAAAAAAAAAAACGGAAUCAUUUAUUGUGUAUAAAAUAGAACGAAGAUCAUUAGUUAUUUUUAUAACUCCUUUCUAUGCUGAAGUACACGGCCCGGAGCUCCUGGGAUCCUCGGUACCGGAGCCGCCACCAGAGCAAUGACUGUCGCUGCCCUCCUCGUCCUAUGAGUAUUAUUGCGCCACUAGGUUCCCGACUCUCGUCCAUUUUUUUUAUUUUUUAUUUUGUACUGUCUGGAAUUAGUCCAAACUUAGUUGUAUUUGUUUAUUUAUUUGUCAUCGAGAGAGCACUUUGCCAAAAAAGAGGAAAAAAAAAGGACUGACAAGUGUGCAAAAAAAGUUUACAAUUUUUUGUGAAAUUGUAUUUUUCAUUAGUAUGUAUCUGUAAAUUAUUACAAAUGUGCAUAUGGAUUUUCAUUUGCUUAAACAGUUCUAAAUAUUAUUUUUUCCAUCUGAGAACUGAAAAAAUUCAGUUGGAUUUUUUUUUCUUUUUUUUUUUUUUCAAGCAAAUGAAUAAAGCUUUGAUUGCAUCAUGUGAAAAGUCCCAAUUUCUACACAAUUGUAUGAAGUUUUGGUCUAAUCGGUUUGUGCCCUUUGGACAAUUGCUGUUUAGUUUGGUAUAGAGAUGAGCGAACUUACAGUAAAUUUGAUUCGUCACGAACUUCUCGGC